CAAACCCCAUUGAAUCAUCUCGGGUUUUAAAGAACUCCCAGACCCAUCCUAAAGCAUUUAUCUUUAUCCCAAACACGUACCAUCACCGGCGCGUACCGGAAAACUAAAAGAACCAGCAAUAGAACCAGCCACCAAGUUGUCUGUGCAGAAUAGAGCCUGUGGAAGAGAUGGGCAAGAAGAGAGUGAGAGAGAAUUUUGAGUUACCAGAGGGACAAGAAUGGUGCUGCAUAUCUCACAGUUUCCAGAGAGUGGCUUUAAAAAACCCUAACAAAAUCGCAGUGAUACAGGCAUCUCCCACUGCACAACUCCACAACCAAUCCCUGGCAUCUUCUCACAUACCUCCACCCUACCACGGAGACCGCUCUUUCACUUUUUCUCAUCUCUUUGACGCCAUCGAUUCCCUCAGCUUCCGCCUUCGCUCCAUCCUCGCUGGUGCUCAGGACCCCUUCUUGAUCAACCCCACAGGUAAUUAUCUUUGUAGAAAUCAGCUGGAACAUGCCCCAUUUUCUCUGUCAUCAACAUCUUACAAACCAAUUGCGGAGCAGUCUGAGGAGAUUAAGAAUAAAGAAAUACCAAAAAUAUUAGGAAUAUAUAUGGUGCCUUCUGUUGAAUACAUAAUUGCUGUUCUUUCUGUUCUUAGGUGUGGAGAGGCUUUUAUGCCUCUAGAUCCUUCUUGGCCAAAAGAAAGGAUAUUAUCAAUUGUUUCUUCUUCAAAUGUUGACCUUAUUAUUGGGUGCAGAUCUUCAUUUGAUACAAGUAGUCACUUCAAACUUGAUAAAUCUCAUUGGCUUGUGGAUUGCAAUAGUUGUCCUGUUUUGUCUAUGUCCAUGGAAGACAAACUUCAAAACCAUAGUGAUCCAUCAGAGUUAGUUUGGCCUUGUGAAAAGGAAGAAUUAAGGCUAUUUUGUUAUUUGAUGUAUACAUCAGGAUCAACUGGAAAGCCUAAGGGCAUAUGUGGCACUGAAAAAGGCCUUUUAAACCGCUUUUUAUGGAUGCAAGAAUUUUAUCCCCUGCUUGGAGAGGAGAUUUUGUUGUUCAAAACAUCAAUAAGCUUUGUUGAUCAUCUGCAAGAAUUUCUUGGUGCUAUUCUUUCUGCUUGUACGUUGGUUAUACCUCCCUUCAACGAGCUAAAACAAAAUCCAUUUCAUGUUAUUGAUUAUCUAAAGGCUUACUCUGUUACCAGGAUGACGGCUGUUCCAUCACUGAUGAGGGUGAUUAUUCCUGCUCUGCAAAGUGAAGAAAAUAUGCAGGUCCAGAAUUCAUUAAAAUUCCUAGUCUUAAGUGGCGAAAUUCUACCUUUAAGCUUGUGGAAUACACUUUCCAGUUUAUUACCCCAGACUUCUAUUUUGAAUUUAUAUGGGAGUACAGAGGUAUCUGGCGAUUGCACGUACUUUGAUUGCAGAAGGUUGCCGAGGAUCUUGGAGUCUGAUUCACUGAGCAGUGUUCCAAUUGGCAUACCUAUUUCUAAUUGCAAUGUCAUGCUUGUUGGUGAAAGUGACACAUCCAAUGAAGGGGAAAUAUGUGUCAAUGGCCUCUGUGUCAACAUUGGAUACUUCCCUGAUCCUAAUGUCAUGCCUUUGGACUAUUCAAACUUGUCUCACGGCUCUCUUUGUAAUUGUUCUAUCAAUGAUAAUGAAAGUCAGCUAUAUUUUAGAACUGGUGAUUUUGCUAGACGGCUUCAAAGUGGUGACUUGGUUUUCUUAGGAAGAAAAGACCGCACUGUAAAGAUUAAUGGGCAGCGAAUUGCUUUAGAAGAGAUUGAAAAUGCAUUAAGGGGACAUCCAGAUGUAGUUGACGCUGCUGUAAUUUUUCGUAAAGGUCAAGGAGAACUCGAACUCCUUGAAGCAUUUAUAAUAUUGAAGCGGACAAAUGAAUCUGAUGAAGUUUUGAGGUCUUGUAUCGGAUGUUGGAUGGUCGAAAAACUUCCCUUGGUGAUGGUCCCUAAUAAUUUCUUCUUCACCAAAUCAUUUCCUAUGUCUGCCACUGGGAAGGUAGACUAUGCAUCAUUGGCAGGUUCUAUUUCCAUGGCCCAUAUCCAAGAUGAGAUUGGUGGCAUCAAGAGUAAUGAUCUCUUAGAAGUUAUUAAAAAGGCCUUUUGUGAUGCUUUAUCAGUUGAAAAGGUUUGCAAUGAUGAUGACUUCUUCAUGAUGGGUGGUGAUUCUAUUGCUGCAGCUUAUGUUUCUUAUAAUCUAGGAAUUAAUAUGAGGUUGAUUUACAACUUUCCAAGUCCAUCUAAGCUUCAAGUGGCUCUUUUGAAAAAAGAAGGCUCGAGCAGUAUUGAUGUGGGAAUAGAUGAUAUAGGAAGUUUGAAGUCUGACACUUGUGACCUCUAUAGCUCUAAGCCUUGUGGAACGUCAUCGAAACCUGUUUUUGAAAAUAAUGACAAAUAUCCAGUUACAUCUAAAUGCUUGAAGGUGGAUUCAAACACAUAUGCAACUUCGAAGAGUGUUAUACCAUGUGAUGGGUGUCCAUGGAAUUCCAACUCAGUUCCCAUGUUAUGUUCAUUCAGCCGAUGCAACAAAGUGAUGUGUGAAGUGGAAUCUAAGAUGAAAAAUAUAUGUCAUACAACUUGGUCAAUUGAAUUUCCAAGAAAUAAAAGUGGCUUUAUGCGAGAACUUUGGAAAGUCCACAUGGAAUCUUGUGUUGAUGCUUCAGCGAUUGUUGUGUUUAAAGAUUGGGAUAUAUAUCUUCUUAUUGGAUCUCACUCACAUAAGUUUGUGUGUGUGAAUGCCAAAAGUGGUUUCAUCCGGUGGGGGAUUGAACUGGAAGGACGAAUUGAAUGUUCAGCUGCAAUUCUUGAUGACUUUUCUCAGGUUGUAGUUGGUUGCUACAGCGGGAUAAUAUAUUUUCUUGAUUUUUCGAAUGGCAACAUCUGUUGGACUUUCCAAACCCGUGGGGAGGUGAAGUCACAGCCAGUUAUAGACAAACGCAGAAAUUUGGUCUGGUGCGGAUCACAUGACCACUACCUUUAUGCCCUUAAUUAUCGAAACCAUUGUUGUGUGUAUAAGCUUCCAUGUGGUGGGAGUAUAUUUGGGUCACCUGCAAUUGAUGAGGCCCGAGACAUUUUAUAUGUUGCAUCCACCAGUGGUCGUGUCACUGCUAUAUCUUUGAAGGUUCAACCAUUUUGUACUUUGUGGCUGCAUGAAUUGAAUGUUCCAGUGUUUGGAUCUCUCUCCGUUAGUUCUAAUGGAAAUGUCAUUUGUUGCUUGGUGGAUGGGCAUGUUCUUGCAUUUGAUUCUAGUGGAUCUAUUGUUUGGAAGGGUAAAACUGGCGGUCCAAUCUUUGCUGGAGCUUGCAUAUCUCAUGCACUUCCUUCUCAGGCGCUUAUAUGUUCAAGAAAUGGAAGUGUUUAUUCAUUUGAACUGGAAGGUGGAGAUCUACUCUGGGAAUGCAGUGUUGGGGAUCCGAUUACUGCAGCUGCUUAUGUUGAUGAGAACCUGAAACUGGUAUCUGAUUCCUCCCUUUCUUCAGACAGGUUGGUCUGCAUUUGUGCCAGCUCUGGAAGCAUCCACUUGCUUAAAAUCAGCUGGGAUACCACAGGGCGGGUGCAUAGACCAACAGAAUUUGCAAGGUUGGAGCUCCAGGGAGAGAUAUUCUCUUCACCAGUGAUGAUUGGUGGCCGGAUUUUUGUUGGUUGUAGGGAUGACUAUGUGCACUGCAUUGCUGUUGAGGCCCAGAGUUCGUUGUCAAACUAGGAGGUUAUACAACCCGUUUUACCUUACGUACCUGAAUCCUGACAAGUUAACACAAGUUUCACAAUCCUUAUGUGAUCAGGUGGCCAUGGAAUAGCAAAGCUUCCAACCGAAGCUGCAAGGCUCUGUGCUCUGAAUUCCCAAUCUUGUACUCUUUUUAACUUUCAUUGGUCCCACCAUAUAAACCCAUCCUCUAAAAUAAUUAACAUUACCAAAUGCCUUUUACUUACAAGAUCAUAGUUUUUUUUU